AUGGCUGAACCGCCUCUCGCGGCCAAUGACAAAGGAAAAGGCCCAGUGGAGAGCAGCUGUAACAGUGAUAUCCACCAGACUCAGUUUCUCCUUAGUGGCGACCCAGUUGCGGCCUCGGAGGAGGUGGCCCUCCAAGUUCUUUUUCUCGACGUUCUCAUCAAACGGCACGUAACCCAGGCAGAGGCAAAAUCAGCGGAAUCCCAGGACCUGGAUCUCCCCAUCGGCGAAAGAAAUCCACUGGCGGAUGGCCGCGCGCUCAGCGGGCGUGGUACCCAGCAACUGUCCAGCGGCGGGGCCGCUCUCGGCGACGUACUGCGCGAUGGCGCCGGAUUCAACGAUCUUGGUGCUGUCGGCGCCUUCGAAGGCGGGGACUUUGCCGAAGGGUGGACGUCCGCUACCAACAUCUUGCCCCUCCUCCCCCGCCCCCCCAGCUGA